GUUUUACUGUUUAUUAAUUGCGAAUGGUACCUAUAUUAUCGCUCGUGUUUGAAAAUCGUUACGUAAUGUUCGACGGGCGGUUUUAAACCGAUAGCCGGAUCAGACGUCAUCGCAUCGUCAUCCGUUGGCCAAGUAUUGGAGUUCGAAGUAUUUGAAAAAGAAACUUGUUUACAAUGUCGUUGAAAGAAGCGUUCAAGCCCAAAACUAUGAAAAUUUCUACUACGUUUAUCGAUGCGGACGGAAGAGAGAAACAGGUGCUUAUUAGUUAGUUAUUUACCUGUUCGGCUGACAAUUUAUUAUCAUAAUUUUCGAAUUAUUUGUUUUCUUUUUGCCGGUCCGGAUUGAUUUGUUAAUAUCGUUAACUCGUCAUCAAAGAAUAUUGAUGUGAGUGGGUAAUGCCCGGCGGAAACGGGCAUAACCCAGUCAUUACUAAGUUAGGCAGGUGAUUGAGGUAGACCCUGUACGAAAGAGUCUUCAGGGAGACUGAGGUGGAAAGAUCGUGUUAAAAAAGACAUUAAGGUUUCGGCUGGAAACCUAAUAGAGAGAAGCUGUAGAGAACAGGUGUUAGGUUUUGUAUUUGGUGGUAUGGCUUUAAAGUUGUAAACCAACAAGAAAAACUCGUUAUUUUAUUUUAUGUUUCAACAAUUUUAUUUUUUUGUGAUUUUGGCAAUAAUAAUAUUUGAUAUUUCAGAUCGAAACCAGAGAAGACGAAGAACAGUCACAGAAAUUACAAGAAAUAUUAGAUCUGCUAAUCGCGGCAGGAUACUUUCGUGCUAGAAUUAAAGGUUUAUCUCCAUUUGAUAAAGUACGAGAUAACAAUAUUAAUUUUAUUGUGUGAUUACUAGUUUCUAAUAAAAUAUUUAUGUUUUCACAGAUCGUUGGAGGUCUCACAUGGUGCAUAGACAAUUGCAAUGUUGACUUGGACGUUGAUCUGCAUUUUGACGAAUCUUUAGUUAUUGGUCAAAAGAUGUAUGUUUUAAACCUUUCAAUAAUUUAGUUAUAUUGUAAACAGGGCUGUGAAUUUAUUGCACUAAAACAGUGUUGAAUAUGCAUGCAUUUAUGCACUAUCUAUAUUAAUAAUACUGCUUUUAUUAUAUAAAAAAAAAAAAUUCUUUAUAUAUAUAUAAUUAAUCUUCCAGUGGUUCUUUACCGCCUGAAAAAAAAGAAAUAUUGGACACAUUAUAUUAUAUAUCUUUUGAGCUAAAGGUAUUAAAAGAUAACAUAUUUAUAAUAGUAGAUAUAUUAUGUAGAUAUCAAAACAAUCCUGAUUUUAUUAUCUGGUUACAAUUUAAGUUAAAUACCUGACUAAAAAUAUAAUAUUUUCAUUGAAACUAUAUAAAACAUAUUAUUGUAAACAAAAACAUUUGGAUCAAUUUAUUCCAAAUUGACUGAAAAAAUAUAAAUAUUAAGAAAAAAAUAUUAACCCAAAAGAACCAUGAAAACAUGAUUUCGUAUUUUAACUAUAAAUAAGACAAAAUAAAUUCUAGCCUUAUUCAUUUUCUUUUAUGGUUUAGCAAAAGAGACAUGCAAAUGCAUUAGAUUCAAGGCCCUGAUUAUAAAUUAUACUAUUAUAUUUUAAUGGUAGCAUAAAUAAUAUCAGUAUUUAAUGAUUAUAAUUUAAUUAAAUAAUAUUACAUAUUGUUUAUAGAGCACUUACGGAAAAAAUUGUUUCUGUCUUACCUAAAAUGAAAUGUCCAUACCAGAUUGAACCACAUCAAAUUCAAGGUCUUGACUGUAUUCAUGUUUUUCCUGUUGUUCAAGUAAUUCGUUAUUAUUUUUGAGAAUAGUUAUGGUUAGUUUUAUUUUUAAUAUAUAAAUACAUUGCAGUGGUUAGUGAAACGUUCUAUUGAAAAUAUAAAAGAAAGAGGUAAACUGUUAAUGCACUAUGCUGCCAAUCAAUUUGACAAGUUGGUUUGUUCAAAAAUUAGUUUAGAAAAUGAACCAAAAACCAAAGAAAAAUGUGGCUAUCUGAAAGUGAGUAGUUAAAACCAAAAAAUAUUUUUUGACAAAAUGUUUGAAUAUAAUUUAUCACAAAAUAAAUAGAUAAUAUUGUUUAUGCAACAAUUAAACUGGCCAAUUUUUUCGUAUGUACAUUUAUUUCAGAAAUGUUUAAUAGGCAAUAGAAGAACAAACAAAUCUUUUCACAAGGAAGAACAGAGAAUUAUGGAAUAUUUAGAAGACUCUUCUGAAUCCGAAGACGUGGAUAGUAGUGAAUGGUUUAUUAAAAAACCAUUCGAUCCCAACGACUUUAAUGAAGUAACAAUUAUUUGAACUCAUGUAUACAUUAUAGUACAUACAUAAUAUGUUAAUUGAAAUUUUUUAUUUGAAGAUUGUGAUGACUGAUGAAGAAAAAAUUGCUAAAUUAAAAGAAGAAAAUGAAAAAUUAUUAGAAGAAUUAGCGGACGCUCAAAAAGAGACCAAACAAAUUAAUAAUGAAAUCGAACAAUUAUCAUUGGAGACCAAUAAUAUGGAAGGUGAUAGAAAACAGUAAGAACUUUUCAUCUUACACUCAAAAUGGCGAAAUUGAUUUAAAGUUUAAAUAUGUAUUUUUAAAUUUAGGGAGUUGGAAAGCAUUCAACUUCUUGUGUCUGAAUAUGAACGAGUAAAAGAGGCUGAAGAUAAAUUCCAAAAAGAGUGUGAAAAACAAAUGGAAGAAUAUCAGCAACAAAUUAAGUACUAGAUACAUGUUUAUGUGAUACAUUUCAUCUCUAUUAAGUAUUAAUAUAUUAUAUCAGGGGCAAUAUAGUUAGAAAUAGAGUAUAAUAUAAAUUAAUUAAUCGAGUACAAUAAAAUUUCCUAUUUCUUUUAUAUUUAAAAUAAAAUAUAUUUUACGUUUUCUUUUAAAUAACAAAUUUACCAAUUGAUAGAUUGGCCGUCUUAAUAUAUUUAUGAUGUUCAAUAUCUGCAUAUAAUAAUGAGAAUUGAUAAAAAAAAAAAAAAAAAGUGAUCUUAACUAUCAGUUCUGAUAUAUAUAUAUGUAUAUAUCUAUGUAUUAUGAGGUUACUAUGUGUUUUUUUUUUAUUACAGGGAAGCUAAAGCUGCCUUAGAAGAGCCAGUAGAAGACGACACUGAACUUAAAGAAGAAUUGGAUAAGAUUAAAAACAAGGUUGAAGUGGCUAGGACAAAAUUGAGCAAAAAAGCUAGAGCUGUAGGUCUUAUGAAACGUAAACUCGAUCAGAUACCCGAUAGGGCUGAAUUGACCCAAUAUCAAAGGAGAUUUGUUGAACUAUCCAAUGAAGGCAUAUUAAACUUAUUUUUCAUACAUGCCUGAUCAUAAAUAUUUAUGCAAUUGUGUUUUAAUCUAGUGUCUGCUAGGCAUCGUGAGACGAAACGGCAUUAUGCUCUUUAUAAUACGCUUAGCGAUGUCCAGAUGUAUUUGAACAAAGAACUGUCAUUGUUAAGUUCGAUUCUGGACGCUUUCCCCGAGUAUGUCUUUAGAAAAUUGUAAACAUUUAUUUGAUAAUUUUGUAUUUAAAUUUUUGUGUAUUACAGAACGAGUAAGAUACCAGGAGCUAAAGAACAAUUUUUGUUACAGUUAGAAAAUAUUGAUAUUGGCGUAAAACAAACUCUGGACAGAGUAAGUCUUUCAAAUAAUAGUAAAUUCAAUUUUGUUACUUUUUGUGACCACGUUUGCAGGUGGAGAGUAAAAGAAACAAAGAACAGAGCAUGAAAACUAAUUUAAAUAAUCAAUUAUCAACAUGCAUGUCAGCACAUCGACAGUAUUUGGCUGCAGUCAAACAGCUUGAAAUUGAAAUACAAAAGAAUCUCAAACUCCAAGAACAGAUUGACAGUCAACUAGAAAGUAACUGAUAGUUAAUGAUAUAUUAUGAUCAUAAUUUUAAUUAGCACAAUAUAUUAAAGUUUUAAGUUAAAUAUUUAUUAUAUAGUUUAUGUAAUAUUAAAACAAUAAAAACGUUUAAAAUGAUUAAUAUAAAUAUUAUUAAUUAUGUAUAACAAAAUUGUGUCUCAAUGACAAAAAAACAAACAAAAAUGGUGUAAUAACAAAUGUCUAUUUAAGUGAACAAAUCUAAACAGCUAUAGAGUAAUCUGAAUGCUUUUGAGGAUUAUUAUUGGACACUGGUCUGGACCACAAUGUUGAUUUGCCCAAGUUAAGUUUCUUAAGUGUGUUUGUGUUGUUACCUUCGGUUUCUGCUCGGCAAGUAGUGGCUGCCGGAAAAAGUGAUGUAUCGGCCAUUGAUGAAGAUCUUUUGGAUCUAUUAGUCGGAAACCAUCUGUUAUAAGUACGAGCCAACAUUUAUUAAAUAUAAAUAGUUUCUAUUUUGUUUUAAAAGUCUUAUUGUCGCUAAUAUACCUAGUUUGUGUCCUUCUGGGUAGUGAUUUUUGCUCGGUUGGUGGUGGAGACAAGUCAGACGAUGUGCUUGAUUGUGCCCGGCUAUAUAUGAAACCUGAG